GAAUCAAUUCCCACAGCACCACCAAACCAAUAGGCAGGCAGCAAACACAAGCCAAUAGGCAACACCCGCGGCGACGCAAGAGGGAGAAGCGAGCGUGCAGCGGUCCUCCUCUCGAUCCACAUGGCCAUGGCGGCAGCGGACGGCAAGAGCCGGAGGUUCGCGCUGGCCUGCGGGGUGCUGAGCCAGUACGUCAAGGCCGAGCAGCAGCAGCAGCAGCAGAUGGCGGCCCCGCGCGCCCCGGCCACCACGACCCUGAGCCUGAUGCCCGGCGCGGACGUCGGCGCCGACGAGCAGCAGGAGGCGGCCGCCGCUGGGGCCGAGGAGAUGCCCGGGCCCGCCCCCGCCGCGGCGCCGCCGCUCACCAUCUUCUACGGCGGCAGGGUGGUGGUGUUCGAGGACUUCCCGGCGGAGAAGGCGGCCGAGGUCAUGCGCCUCGCGGCCGGCGACGACCUGCCCAUCGCCCGGAAGGCGUCGCUGCAGCGGUUCCUGGCCAAGCGCAAAGAUCGCCUCGUCGAGCGCGCGCCCUACGCCCGCCCGUCGUCCCCCGCGGAGGCGGUCAAGCCGGCCUCGGGCUCGGCCUCGGCCUCCUGGCUCGGGCUCCGCAGCACGGAAGCCGACCGCCUCACCAUCGCGCUGUGAUUUACUGGAUCGACCUCGACCAGUGGCGAUUUAAUUGGCUAAUGAUGGGUUCAUGAUCAUGCCUGCCUUUGGGGCUGGAAUGCUGGAUGGAGAUGGGAGACAGAGACAGGAUUGUAGAGAUGUUUUUUUUUUCAUUUCUUACGAGAGUUUCGCUGCUGUCGUGAGAUCUGAUUCGAUAAUAGAGAGAAGAUGAAGAUCGAACAAUUUGUGCCUUUCGUUGUGCUUGUGCACGUAUAUUCUCCU